UAAAAAAGUAAAACCCCUGUCUCAGGUUUCUCUAGAGACACAGCCCAAAGGCAGUGAAGCAGAUUUCUAGGCCUAAUUAGAUGCCAGGGGCCAAUCAAAGGAAGCCAAUCAUGGGAUAGCAGAGCCCCCUGAAAGCCCACAUCAGGGACUGGUGAUCUCACCAUUAUCACCUGACUCUGCACAGAGUGGCCUAGUGCCUGUGGGGAGUAUCAGUGAGGUGAUUAUCAGAAAACUCUGUGUCUGUGUGUCCCCAUCCAUCUCCUUCUCCUUCUCUCCCAGGUUCUGGCUGCAGAGUGAAAGGUUUGUCCUGUAGUUAAGGUGCUAAGUUAGUCUGCACAGAUCCAAGUUUUGCUCUGGGUGAAGUCAGGAGCUAUGGCCACAGACAACCCCGUGGAAAGUCUCCAGGAGGAAGCUACAUGCCCCAUUUGUCUGGAGUAUUUUAAGGACCCGGUGAUUAUAGACUGUGGGCACAAUUUCUGCCGAGCCUGCAUCGCCCAGUGCUGGGAGGGAUCAAAUACAGACGUCUCCUGCCCUCAGUGCAGAGAAACUGUGCAACAGGGAAACCUCAGGCCGAACAGGCGGCUGGCAAAUGUUGUAGAAAUAGCCAAACGGCUGAGUUUACAGGCAGCAAAGGGAGCAGGAGAGGAGAGGGUGUGUGGGGAACACCAGGAGACUCUGAAACUGUUCUGUGAAGAGGAUCAAACUUCUGUCUGUGUGGUUUGCCAUCUGUCCCGGGAUCACAGAGAUCACAGGGUGGUUCCCAUAAAGGAGGCUGCCCAGGAGUACAAGGAGAAACUCCAGGGAGCCCUGGGCCCUCUGAGGAAGGAGCUGGAAGAGGUCCUGGCCCUGACGUCUAAAGAGGAGAAGAAAACCACGGAGUGGCAGAGCAAAGUGAAGAAUAAGAGAGAGAUGAUUGCAGGUGAAUUUAACAAACUGCACACACUGCUGAGAGAGGAGGAACAGCUGCUUCUGCAGAGCCUGGAGGAGGAGGAGAGGGAGACUCUGCAGAGACUAAGGGAAAAUGUAACCAAAUUCUCUCAGCAAAGCUCCUGUCUGCAGCAGCUGAUCACAGAGAUCGAGGAGAAGUGUCAGCAACCAGUUGUCGAGUUGCUAAAGGAUGUGAAAAGUACAUUGAGCAGGAGUGAGAAUGUGAAACUCCAGGAACCAGAAGCUGUUUCUACUGACCUGAAGAACGUGUAUAAAAUUUCCCUUGACAUGAGGGAAGCGCUGCAGAGAUUCGUGGUGGACGUGACUCUGGAUCCAGACACGGCAAAUCCCAAACUCGUCCUGUCUGAGGAUCGGAAACGUGUGAGACAUGGAGACAAACGCCAGGAUCUGCCUGACAACCCUGAGAGAUUUGAUAGAUAUGCCAUUGUCCUGGGCGCUGAGGGGUUCGUGGGCGGGAGGCGUUACUGGGAGGUGGAGGUGGGAGACAAGAUAGGCUGGGACCUGGGGGUUUGUAGGGAAUCUGUGCGCAGGAAGGGUAAGUUCACACACAAAAACUACUGGAGACUCAUACUGAAGGAUAAGGAAUACUCUGCCUGCACCUCCCCCUCGACCCCCCUCCCCGUGAGCGUCAGGCCCAGCCGGGUGGGGAUUUUCCUGGACUAUGAGGCGGGCGAGGUCUCAUUUUACAAUGUGACUGACAGGUCCCAUCUCUUCACUUUCACUGGCACCUUCUCCGGGACACUCCGCCCUUAUUUCAAUCCCUGUCGCAACGCUGGGGGUACAAACGCGGCUCCCCUGAUAAUCUGCCCGGUCCCAGUUCAGGCCGGAGGGAAUCUCGGUCCCUGCCAGUGACCCCACAGCACAGACUGGCCCUCCCAGCCCUUCUGCUCUUCCCACCUCCCAUGGUGGGGGUCAGUUACUGCAGCAACCGGAUGCUGCCAGUUUCCCUUUUCAACUGGAGGUUCUAGUUGAAAACCGGACACCUGGGAACCCCCAGCCCCGCCUUUCCCCAGCCCCUGCCCCACGGGUAGCAGGUGGUGGUGGAUGGGGUCAUUCACUCCUGUCAGAAUUUUCUACCCCUGUGAAAUCUCCGUGUAAAAUAUGAAAGAAAAAGGAUUAUUCUAAUUUAGAAAACAUUAUUGUAACAAGAUGUAAAUACAAGAAUAUUUUAAUUUACAUUUCAACAGUAUCUCAAAAACAAGCAUAUAAAUAUAUUU